GCGCGUUAUUUUGCAUUUGCUGACGGCAUUGCAGCAGCUUGUGAAUCAUUUAAUACGCCAAUUGGCAGCGAUUUGGUUGCCUUCAUUAGCAAGGCAUUUGUACGGCUUCCGGCCGUUGGUGCGGCAAGAAGCAUCUAGACGCGCUAGUUACCAGCGCGGUGCGCCGCUACGGCGUCGGCGAGUGGUCAUGGACUACAUAUUCGAGUGUUUCUUUAAUGACACCUUCGAGGGCAUUACACGCAACGGAUUGCAGGACCGCCAAUCGCGUCGGGAUGUCCUGGAUCAUCUGAGCUCAAUUAUCAAGGGCUGCAGCGAGGGUCAGAAUGUGCAGACCGACGAGGUUGCCAGCAUAGCGGUAGUUGCAGCCCUACGCUUCCAUCGACUGGCCAAGCAGGAUAAUUGCGGGGUCUGCCUCAUGGGCAAGUAUCACAACAUUUUAUAUAUUGCGUUGCGCACCUGUUGGGACUGGGGUGUGCGAGACUCGGAGGUGGUUGCACAGCUCUUGGUGGCCAUUUACGAAUGCGAGAAGACAUUUGAGCGCAUCUUUUUGGGCGCGCUCUUUGGACCACAUGCACCGCACUUCAUUGCCGGCUGGCGCAGCGAUUUUCAGGAUCAGCAUGAGAAUGUGCGCGCUAUGGUUUACUUUCUGAAGCAUGCAACACGCGAGCAGCUCAUGCUGCCCGUUUGGAUACCACGUCACGAGCAGGAGCGACAGCUCAGAUUUAUUGAUGUGCCCAUUGAGUCCUGUGGACGCUCCUCACCUCUGCGCAUUGCGCUGCAGGCAAAUGCGCCCGAAUUGCUGCUUAUACUUCUCAGAUACGGCGCUUCACCGCAACCGCCUGAUGGUGGCGCCUCCGUGAUUAUUGCUCUGCUUGACAAACUCAUCGAGAAUGGACGCAAUUACAGUUACGAACUGGUGCUCUGCCUGCAAAUACUGUUACGCAACAUAGCCAUGAUCGAAAUGCCUUUCAAGCCAAUUUUGUAUGCAUCGCGACGUGAAAUGUUUUUCGAACGCUACGGACGUCUUCUAAUGGACAAAAUUAUUGCCAAGGAACAAGUGUACGGCGUGCCCACGCUGCGUCAUUUUUGCCGCUGCCGCAUACGUGAUAUACUGCGUGAACAUAAUCAACUGCCAAAUGGCAUCGAUACGCUGCGCUUACCGAAGCGCCUGCAGCGCUACAUUGAUCUCACCGAGGAGCUGGAGGGACCACAGCUUCAGCCAGUUACACAAGACCCAAGUGGCGCUAAGCAGCCGACUAAUGUCUUACAGAGACUCGAGACAAUAAGCAGCGCCGAGAGCGAGGAUGAGAGCGAGAAUCAUGUGCAACUGCUGGAGGCAGUUACAGUUGCAGAAAAAGCGGCUGUGGCUGCCUUUGUGGCCACCAGCGAUGGCGCCAUUACCAAAGAGGCCAAGGCGGCUGCCGUUGCUGCUUAUGUGGCAGCGGCAGCUAAUGACGAGCUUAGCUAACUAUUACAAUCUGACACUCACCGAUAGGUCUCCUCGCUGACAUUAAUGCGACCGGGCACACCGGUCGUCUCGGUGCGGCUCGUUAG